CUGGAUGACAACCGCCCAGCCAGACGCAGCGGCAGCAGCAGCACCGGCGGCGGCAGCGGCUGUGGCGGUUUAUUUAUCAUCGCGGCAGCCGAGGGAGGCGAAACACACCCGAGGGGGAGUUGGGAACGAAGGAGAGAAAGGAUUUAUACGUCCACCAUCCAAGCAUGGCUACCCAAAGCACGGCAUCGUGCACCGGAUCCACUCUGCUGCAACCCAUCAGCGACAUUAUCAACCUCCCUCUCGACCAGGUUAAUUUUGUGGCAGGCCAGUUGUUUGCGCUGCUCAUGGCCGUGUGGUUCCGUCUCUACCUCCACCCCAGUAAGACCAGUCCCUUCGUCAGACAUGUGGUGGCCACUCUACUGGGCUUCUAUUUGGCUCUCUUCUGCUUUGGCUGGUAUUCCCUCCAUUUCCUGGUGCAGAGCGGUUUGUCCUACAGCGUCAUCGUCUUCGCCGGCCUGGAGCACAUGCACAAGUACUGCUUCAUCGUGACGCUCGGCUAUUUGAUUGUGUGUCAGAUCACACGCGUCUACGUGUUUGAUUACGGCAUGUACUCUGCAGAUUUUACCGGGCCCAUGAUGGUGAUAACACAAAAGAUUACAAGCCUGGCCUUCGAAAUACAUGACGGUCUGACCAAACGGGACGCACAGCUGACUCCAGGUCAGAAAUACCUUGCUAUCAGGCGAAUGCCCAGCUUGUUGGAGUACCUCAGCUACAAUUGCAACUUUAUGGGCAUCCUGGCGGGACCCACGUGCGCCUACAACGACUACAUGGCUUUCAUCGAGGGCACGUGCUACCAACCGCGUCAUCAGGAGAACGCCAACGGCAAGGAGAAUGGCAAGCACAAGCAGAGCGAGCCUUCGCCCAAGGAUGAUGUCAUCUCCAAAUUGUGCACUUGCGCCAUCUCUCUGGCCACCUACUUGUCACUUUGUAAGCUGAUCCCAGUGGAGCGCUGCAUAGAUGAAGAUUUCAUUUACAACACACCCUUCUACCUACAAGUGGUCUACCUUUACCUGGCCAUGCUGGCGCUUAGACCAAAGUACUACUUUGUUUGGACACUCGCCGAUGCAAUCAACAAUGCAGCAGGAUUCGGCUUCAACGGCUACAACAAAGAUGGCUCCCCGCGGUGGGACCUGAUUUCCAACCUUAGAAUUCUGGACAUUGAGUUUGCCACCAGUUUCAAGCUUUUCCUUGACAACUGGAACAUCCAAACAUCUCUUUGGCUCAAAAGGGUGUGUUACGAGCGCUGUCCCAUCAACCCCACGGCCGCCACCUUCCUGCUGUCAGCAAUGUGGCACGGCGUCUACCCGGGUUACUACUUGACAUUCCUCACUGGCAUCGGGAUGACCAUGGCAGCACGUGCAGUAAGGCACAACGUCAGACCUUACUUCCAAGUCUCGGACAUAUCCAAGCGCAUCUAUGAUGUCAUCACGUGGGCGUGGACUCAAGUUGCCAUCAGUUACACAGUGGUGCCAUUCGUCCUAUUGGCUGUGGGGCCCUCGCUCAAGUUCUACAGGUCUUGGUACUUCUGCCUACACCUUCUGUGUCUACUGGUAGCGCUGGCCCUGCCGGUCCGAUCGCGACGUCGCGAGGCCAAAGGUCGACAGGGAAGCACGCAGACGGACGGCGGCGCCACAAACAACUGCAGCAAGAAAGUCAAAACCACAUGAGGCUCGGCACAAAAAGCAUCAGUAGGACGAAACGGACACCGCUGGGAGCUGGAGUCUGUUUACGGACCAGGAAGCAAACAUUUGGACGUGCUUGGACGGAACCUGACCAUACUUCCAGUAGCAAGGGAGGACAGAGUGGUUGCAUUACAUUUUACUUGUGGAAAAUGGAGAUAAAACUGAAUUCCAAGCUGCCUUAAACCCUCUAUGUACCUGGCAGGUGAAACAACAACACAUUUGGAUGACACAAAUACACGUGCGGUCAGUAUGUGGAGGGUUUUUGUCACUGUCUGGAUACAAGCCUCUGUUAGGUGGGAACGUUACGUUUAUCAUCAGCUGCCAACUUUCAAACAGGCCUUAGGAUCCUCAAAAUAUUGAUUUCACUCAACGCCGAGUUGACAUUAAUAAUACGUGUUUUGUAUCUCGAUGUGACGACACUAUUCCCCGACGCUUUCUUUUGCAGAAUGAAUAGAAAAGUCCCAAAGAGGAAACCCAGAGCUUGUCUGUCUCCGGAGAUGGAAAUGUCUCGCCCAAUGGAUUUUUACACAGUAUAUAUUUUUGUUCUGAUUUUUCGGCAAACUUAUCAGCAUCAAAUAUCUGUGCGGUUGAAAAGGGAGAUGAUUAACUCUGUUGUGACUUUGGGUAAUUCCUUUCAAGGUGAGUUUUUUUUUCUUUCUAGUUAAUUUGAUUUUGAUGUUCCUGUUUUUCACACCGCAGCCUUGCAACAUGAAACGAGCCCCUUAAACGACAAAUAAGUCAAUACUUGCAUUUCCGCAAAUAGUGGCCUCUGCUUCAAUAUGAGCUAAUUACUUGCUAGGUGCAUCAUUCACUUUAAGAAAUACCUCCUUCAAAUAGGAGUCUUUCAAACAGGAGUCGUUUUUCAUCACAAUAAAAACAAAUGACUGUAAUUACUAGGGCUGAAUGAUUUUGAAAAGUGAUCUAGUUUCAUUUGUUUUCCUCCCCUCAAUAUUGCGAUUGCGAUUUGAUAUGUGAUUAUUUUUUCAAGAUCCUCUUUCCAUGUACACGUAGACUGCACUACUUAAGCACUGAAUUUAUCUAGACACUAAAUAAAUAAAAUAACAAUGUAAAUUAUGUAUUUAAAAUAAAAUAAAGCUUAGCGACUAACCAAAAUAGUUUUUUUUUUUCAACAUUGCAGCCUUUGCAAAUUGAAAAUGAAAUGAAUGAAAAAGAAUGUUUUUCACUGCAAUGUCAAUUCAAAUGUAAUUGUUCAGCCCAAGUAAUUACUUGUAGUUGUGUUAAAGGGAUAACUUCCAAGCCUUUUUUUUAACUCUGUUGCUAACCAAAACAGCAACACUGUUUCAGGUUGACAGUUUCACUGAUGAAAUAAAGCGCGAGCUUACUGUGCAAUAUCAAAGUUCAUCCUGUGUUAUGUGUAGACGCCGUCUUUGAUGAUUUGUGUUCUAUGUGAUCACUCCACAAUGUUGCGUGACCAUGUUUAUAUGUUUCAAGGACCUACACAAUGUAUUAGUUCUGUAUCAUAUUUGAUUCUUCCCGACACUUUAAUUGCUAUAAAUCGUAAAUACCUACCAUCAUUUGCAGCUGACAAACUUCAACACCCAUGGCCACUAUUUGAGGAAAUACGGAAAUUAUGGUACUUGGCAGUUGUAGCGACAGUGCUCUAAACACAUUUUGUCACUGAUGUGGACUGUUAUUACACACGGACGUUAACUACUGAGCCAAUUUGAACUCUGUUGCUAACCAAAACAGCAGCAGCAAAGCACUUGGACAAUUUCUCAUAUAAAACCAAGUGUGGUGUUUCACAGCAGUGAGUUCAGUGCGCAGUAUUAAAGGAGGGAGGGGAAGUCAAGUCAAAAUUUUCGUUCAAUGCACCCCUACUACAUGGUGUUUUGAUUAAUAUUGCAAUUGUGGAAGAUGAAUGAAGCAAAAAAAAAAUCCACUUGCUUUUAUCUGAGACGGUCGGCCAUUUUGCUUUGUAUUGCCACUUGCUGUCGACAGAAAAUGACCUCACAGCGUCUAAGGUCUCAUCUUGCGAGCAUCACAUGACCAAACUCAGAGAACAGAUGAGACUGUGAUGUCAUUUUCGGUCGACAGCCAGCGGCAAAAUGGAGAUGGAGGGAUGGUUUUAUCUUCUGAACUCGUAUUCCACAAACCAUAUUAACCAGAAUACCACAUUUAGACUAGUGGGGGUGCAUAAAACAUACUGUCAUGAAAAUAUUUGACUUGACCUUUAGUGGUGUUUAGCGUUCCAGUACAGUCUGACAUGUUCUCAUUCCACAAUGUUGUGUCCGUCAAUUGUUGCGAUUCAGGGAGCCCCAUGCAGCUUAUGAGUUCCGCGUAGUACUUGCCAUGUCUAAGCAUUUCUACAUACGAGUACUUAGUAUGGUAUGUCAAACCCCAGUUCCAAUUGCUUUAAAUAGAAAUAUAUUGGUAAUUCCAUACAGCGUCGUGCCUCCUUCCCAGAAUUGACACUCUUCUUAUCUUCAGUUGACAAAAAAAAAAAAAGUCCUUCACCUCUAUUUGCGGA